AUGACCCCAUUCCCAUUUGACCAGCUUAGCGACACUCAACAGACUGUCGUCCACCAUCACCUCAGCUUCUCCCAAAAAUGGCACCUUCGUCGCGUUGCAAAGAUCUUCACCCGGCGCCCCGCACAUCAUUUUCUGAUGGUCACCCGCUUCAGAGACGUCUUAGUGACCGCGGCUAAACCGAAGUAUACUACUCGAAGCAGCGACAUCAUGGUGGUCAAUCGAGAUCCGGCCUCCAAUUCAUCCCUCUACAUCCAGAUUGGGAAUUCUGGCGGGCCGAUGCAAUUCAAACACAAGGACCACGUCGAACACCAGAAAUCUACAGCCGAACAAUUCGUGACGCUGUUGCGAGCCGAGCGACAGUUGUAUCGGCAGCCGUCAAAGGUGUGGUUGACGUUUGGGGCGAAUGGGAAUGAAUGGGAGAAGUCACAGACCCCAGCCCAUUAUCAGCUGAUCUUUGAAGAGGUCGGUCAAUUUUUCAGGAGGCUGAUUUUGAACCAACAGGUGGCGCAUAUACCCGAGAUUUGGCUGGGGAUGCGCUUGAAGGGGGACAAGCAUUGGCAGACAGCUAGCGACGCCCUGAUGGCAAUCAUUGAGGCUGCACUGGUUACGAAUCGACCAGCACCGGGUGCCGACCGUCUUCUCGACAUCUGCUUCCGCUUCAACAGGGAACUCAACGCCGAGGUAUGCCAUUCCCCCCUUGAACUGCUUGAACAUGAUGAUGUCUUCCAGCCAGAUUACCGAUUGCCAGCCGCGCUACAGGAGCUGCUAAGAUUGAAUACUCGAGUCGUUGACGAGGUGUUCAUCUACCGACAUACCCAGCUGUGCCCAGGCCAGCCUCGCCAUGGCGCUGGUCGACGGUAUGACCGCAUUCAAGUCCUCGUCGCGCAGAACCACCGCCUCCAAGCCGGCUGGACGAUCGAGGGUCAGAAGAAGUGGUGGUGUGACAACUCGGGAGAAUGGCACUCCAUCUGGUCCAGCCGCCAAUCGAUUACCGCAUGGUAU